AAGAACCAUAGUUGGUCACACUGCCACGCACGAGAUUUAUUAUUUUUGUUAUUAAUUUUUAAAUGGCAGCCAAGAAACCAAAAAUGAACACUGACGAAAACAGUGGCGACAGUGUGUCCACCACCUGCUCCUACUGGGUGCCACGCAAAAAGCGCCGUUGCAAAAUGACGGCCAACAAAGGCAGCCCAUUUUGCGGCGCCCAUGCACCGCCCACCGCCGUCGCCACAGAAAAUGUGGAUGGAACCGGUGAGGAUUCCUUCCAAGAACGGAUUCCCUGUCCCUUGGAUCCGAAGCACACAGUUUUCAAGAGGAAGCUGGCCAAACAUUUGACUAUCUGCAAUGCCAGGGAUCAGGAAAGUGUGCUGCCUUACAUUGUGAAGGGGAUUAAUUCUGGAGAGGAUGAGCUGGAGGUUGCACUGGAGAAAUACGACCAAAUAAAACUGCACGAGCUGCCGGAUGAAGAGUUCUAUGGUUUGAUUGACAAAGUAAAGCAAUUAUACGAUAAACAUAUAAAUUCUAGUAUCCAGGAGCUGAAGUUGUCGCAUGAAUCCCUGAGGGCAGAACUGAAUCGCUCGGAUUAUGGCCAGGAAACGUUACGGCAGCUCACUCAAGCAUCCAGCUUGCUGGGCAUCCUGCAAAGGGAUGAUCAACUCGCAGAUGCCACUAGCUACGUGGAAUUUGGUGCCGGAAAGGGACAAUUGGCCUUUUACUUAGCCACCGUCUUGGAGGACCAGAAACUCACCCGCUCGCAGGUCAUACUCAUUGAUCGCCUUUCACUGCGCCAUAAAAAGGAUAAUAAGCUUACCAACAAGGAGCAGGUGCAGCGCAUCCGAGCGGACAUUGCCGAUCUGAAGCUUUCCGCUUUGCCGGAAUUGAAGAAAACUCAGCGAACGGUGGCGCUAUCGAAGCAUCUAUGCGGUGCAGCCACAGAUCUGACCCUGCGUUGCAUAUUGGGUAAAGAAGGUGGCGGCGCCGCCACUGACUAUGUGCUAAUCGCCUUGUGCUGCCAUCAUCGAUGCUCCUGGAGUUCCUAUGUGGGACGCUCCUUUCUCCAAGCAGCAGGCAUUGGGGCACGAGAGUUUGCCAUUCUAACCAAAAUGGUCAGUUGGGCGGUUUGUGGCACUGGUAUGAGUCGUGAACGACGCAAGGCUAUGGAAAAGGCAGAGGAGCAGCCAACGGAGCCGAACACGCAGCGAUUGAGCCGCGAGGAGCGGGAAAAGAUUGGUCAGCAAUGUAAGCGGAUAUUGGACUACGGAAGAUUGGAGCACCUGCGAUCCCAAGGAUACCAGGCGGAGCUAAAGUUCUAUGUACCCAGAGAUGUGACGCUUGAGAACGUAGUUCUGCUGGCCAAGCGAUGCACAUCCAAAAACAUAAAUAGUUGACUUUUCUGUAUUGAAUUAUAUAUGCAGAAGUACCCUUUAAGGGUAUACUGUUUUUUAAAUAUG